UAUAUAUUCAUGAUAAUUUUUUUUUAAACUUAAGGAAUUUCUAAAAUGGUAAUAGAAUUCUCUUCUAAUGCUGUUACACCACCAAUGCAUAUAUAUAUGGGAAGAGAUAAACAUGAAAAUGAGGAACUUAUUAGAUGGGGAUGGCCAGAAGAUGUAUGGUUUCAUGUAGACAAGCUUUCAUCAGCCCACAUAUAUUUACGAUUAACUCCAGGAAUGACUAUAGACACUAUACCGGAAGAAGUCCUUAAUGAUUGCAUUCAACUGACAAAAGCAAACAGUAUUCAGGGUAGUAAGCAAAAUCAUGUAAAUAUUGUGUAUACACCUUGGUCUAAUUUAAAAAAAACAGGAAGUAUGGAUGUGGGUCAAGUAGGAUUUCACAAUGACAAAGAUGUUCGCUAUGCUAUGGUAGAAAAAAAAUGCAAUGAAAUUAUAAAUCGACUAAAUAAAACAAAAGUAGAAAGAGAAAUAAAUUAUAGAUUGCUUAGAGAAGAUAGGGACAGAGAAGAGCGUACAAAAGAACGUGCAAAACAACUAGAAGAAAAAGCGCUUAAUAAGUUGAAAGAGGAGCAAAAAAGAGAGCGAGAAAACCUUACUAGCUAUGCAUCGCUUAUGGACGAGAACAAUAUGAGAUCAAACAUUGAUGAUCCAAUAGAUGAAGAUGAUUUUAUGUAACGUUUUUGUUGCUAAGAAUAUAAAUUACAUUAUCUCUA